AACAAUAAACAAUUACAGUGCCUGGUCUAGAGAGGCAAGGUUGGUGUGAAUUAUCAAACCAUGACUUCCUAACUAAUAAUUCACGCAAAUAACGCCUGUAAAUUCUCAGGUCUAUCACUCUUUUAACGUCACUGUAAAUUGUAGAAGUGACAGAGAAGUUCAAAUUCUUCUUUUUUUUCCAUCACAGAACACAAUCUAACAUAAGCUAUCUAUGUUGGUGCAGUAGUACAGUACCACGCUAAGCAAAAAUUAGGUAGUCAAAUUGCUUUUAAAGAAAUGUAAAGAACACCACCUGGUAAAGUAAAAACAAGCUACCGAUUACUACCAAACUCAAGAACUAAUCGACGACAAUGAAGAAGAUGGGGUUGGAAUGCUAACUUAUUGCAGGUCACACACGACACCCUAAAAGUUCUUUGACCUCAUCAUAUAUAUAAAUAAGGAGCUUCUCCAUGGUUCCCUUGCUCAUUUCAAUCAUAACUUCGCUCUCAUUUUCUUACCUAUUGAUCCCUAAACUUGAAUAAAUAAAACAAGCAGCGAUUACAGCAGGAUCUGCCUCUAAGCGGCGUAAUCCUUUCCCUAGCUCUCCGCUCCUUAACCACCUCCAGCUCUGUUUUGUAGACCAGAAACAGGUGGUGCUUAAAGGGUAAAAAUCCCAACAACUGAAAGCAAGAUUGGGAGCAAGCGUUGAAUUCAUGUGGGCUGAUCUGUUGAGAGGUGUUUGUCUUGUUUUAAUCCUAAACCAUUUCUAGUCCCCAACCACAACAAGCGUGUCAACCAAGGCCGGUUCAUCUAUUCGUGUAUGUGUGUGUGAGGAACACUACUACACAGAAGAAUCACAAAACUAUUAAAAAUAGAGAUUAUAAUUGCAGAGAGAAGAGGCCAGAAUUGACCUGGAAAAAAUGAGAUUAUCGCCUGCAUUUGGAAGAAGCAACUCCAACUCGCCGAAUUACUGCCGCACAUUUGAAUUACCGGAUGACGACUCCGGAGCUAGCGACUGCGAGGUCGGCGGCGCAAUGUUACCGAUUUUUCUGGACGAUCUGAGAAGAAACAACCAGAAUGAUUUAGUUGAGGUUACGCUAGAGUUACAGGACGACUCUAUUGUAGUUCGCAGUGUGACUCCACCUACCGGAGAUGAAGUUUCAAGAGGUUUAGUGAGGAGCUUAUCGACGACGUCGAGAACUAUUCGCCGGAAAUUCGGAUGGCUUAGAUCGGGAUCGCCUCGAUCACCGUCGUCCGAUAUCGAGGCGAAUACAAUUUCUGCUCGCGAUGCGAGGAAAAUGAAAGCCAAGCUUCAACGAACAAAAUCUACCGCACAGAGAGCACUCAGAGGACUCAGGUUCAUCAGCAAGAACACUACUUCAGCAGAUGUAGAGGAAUUAUGGAGAAAAGUUGAAUCGCGGUUUGAUAGGCUCGCCAAAGACGAAUUGCUUACCAGAGAAGAUUUCGGUGAAUGUAUAGGCAUGGUGGACUCAAAGGAGUUCGCAGUGGGGAUUUUCGAUGCGCUCGCGAGACGAAGGCGGCAAAAGAUUUCAAAGAUAACGAAAGAAGAAUUGCGCGAGUUUUGGUUGCAAAUAUCGGAUCAAAGUUUCGAUGCGCGCCUUCAAAUUUUCUUUGACAUGGCAGACAGCAAUGAAGAUGGAAGAAUCACAAGAGAAGAAGUGCAAGAGCUUAUAAUGCUCAGUGCUUCUGCAAACAAGCUGUCCAAGCUCAAAGAACAAGCUGAAGAGUACGCUGCCUUAAUAAUGGAAGAACUAGAUCCUGAAAACCUUGGAUAUAUUGAGCUAUGGCAGUUGGAAACACUUCUACUACAAAGAGAUACAUACAUGAACUACAGCAGACCGCUUAGCACGGCAAGUAUAGGGUGGAGUCAGAAUCUGAGUUCAUUCAAGCCCAAGAGUAUGGUGAGGAAGGCCAGCUUUACCUUAUGGUGUCUAAUUUUAGAGAACUGGCAGAGGGGUUGGGUUUUAUUGCUCUGGUUUAUGGCGAUGGCUGGGCUCUUUGCCUGGAAAUUCAACCAAUACAGGAACAUGGCAGCGUUUGAGGUCAUGAGUUACUGUGUUUGUACUGCCAAAGGCGCUGCAGAGACUCUUAAACUCAAUAUGGCUCUGGUUCUGCUACCGGUUUGUCGAAACAUGUUGACGAGGCUUCGGUCCACAAGAGCAAGGUCAUUUGUUCCCUUUGAUGACAACAUUAAUUUUCACAAGAUGAUUGCUUGUGCUAUAGCCAUCGGAGUGAUCAUUCAUGCAGGAGCUCAUCUAUCAUGCGACUUUCCCCGUCUUGUACACUCGUCUGACGACAAGUUUGUGUACAUAGCUUCUGAUUUUGAUGACAAGAAGCCUAGUUACGGAGGACUUCUGACUGGCAUUGAGGGCACGACUGGAUUGUUGAUGGUGAUUUUUAUGGCCGUUGCAUUCAUACUUGCAACGCGCCUUUUCAGGAGAAAUGUGGUGAGGCUGCCAGCACCAUUUAACAAAUUGACAGGCUUCAAUGCAUUCUGGUACACCCACCACCUUCUCGGACUUGUUUACGUGUUGCUGCUCAUCCACGGAACCUUCUUAUUUUUAUCCCACAAGUGGUACCACAAAACAACAGGGAUGUAUAUUUCUGUGCCACUGUUGCUCUAUGUGGCAGAAAGGAGCCUGCGAACAUGUAGAUCAAAACAUUAUUCAGUAAAAAUAUUGAAGGUCUCGGAGCUACCAGGAAAUGUGUUUAGCUUAUUCAUGUCAAAGCCAAGUGGAUUUAAGUAUAAAAGCGGCCAAUACAUUUUUCUACAAUGCCCGGCAAUCUCUCCAUUUGAAUGGCACCCAUUUUCCAUUACUUCAGCACCAGGAGAUGACUACCUAAGUGUUCACAUCCGGACAGUGGGAGACUGGACCAAGGAAUUGAAGCGUGUUUUGACAGAGGGAAACCAUUCACCGUGUGCUAUUGGUCGAGCUACAUUCGGACAACUCACUCGUUUCAAUCAAAAAGGCCAUCCCACACUACAUGUUGAUGGUCCAUACGGAGCUCCAGCGCAGGACUACCAGAAUUAUGAUGUCUUGCUCCUCGUGGGGCUAGGAAUUGGAGCUACUCCUUUUAUAAGCAUCCUAAAAGAUCUUCUAAAUAAUACAAGAACAGCAGAAGAACAAACGGAAUCAAACACUGAAACUAGUGGAUCAGAUGCCAGUUCGAACAGUUAUUCAUCUUCCAAUAUGACACCAGGUGACAAGAAGAAAUCACAACAGAGGGCUAGAAAUGCUCAUUUGUAUUGGGUCACCAGAGAGGCUGGGUCCUUUGAAUGGUUUAAAGGGGUAAUGGACGAGGUUGCAGAGAUGGACCUUAAGGGUCAAAUCGAACUGCACAACUACCUUACAAGUGUUUACGAAGAGAGUGAUGCAAGAUCAACCUUGAUCACCAUGGUCCAAGCUCUCAACCACGCCAAACAUGGGGUUGACAUCCUUUCUGGAACCCGAGUGAGGACACACUUUGCAAGGCCAAAUUGGAGGGAAGUAUUCAGCAAGAUAGCUUCAAAACAUCCAUUCGCCACAAUAGGGGUGUUCUACUGUGGGAUGCCAGUGUUGGCGAAGGAGCUGAAGAAGUUAUCGCAAGAGAUGAGUUAUAGAACAUCCACACGCUUUGAGUUCCACAAGGAAUAUUUCUGAAACAAGAAAUCACCAUUUUGUCAACCUGAUAGUUUUGUUACUUGUAAUUAUUAAAAUGAUUCAAGAAUAUGUAAACACAGAAAUAUACACUUGUAACAUUACAGUAGCUCAGCAAGGUGUAAAUUGAAAUACUAGUUCUGAACAACAAAGAAGAGAAUUCUACCAAAUAAGAGAAUAGAUUGUGAUUUGAGACCUGA